GCCCGAGAGGGAUGAAACUACAGUGUGCGGUGCACUCGUUUCUCUCUUUUCACUCCGUGCUCAUCCCUUCAGCUUCUCGUUCUCUUGCAGAAAAGGGCGGUCCCAUGCUGUUCAACCAAUCAAAGCUUCCUUGUGUUUAAAUAGCCCUCGCCAUUAGCUCUCUCUCCGCCUCAGUUGCUUUUGCUUGCAAGCGCCAUAUUGGUCGCUCGGAUGACUUGGUGUUUUUUUUCUUUAGGAAUUACUACGCGACAGGAGUAGACGGGAGUGACUUCUCCAGAGCUGCACACGUUCCUGCGAUCACUUGUUACUUCUGCAACACUGACUUGCAUUGCUUUGUUUUUUUAAAGCGGGUUUUUGUUUUUUUGUUUGUUUGGGUGUUUUUUUUGGGGGUUUUUUUUGGCAUGCAUGCUCUCAUGCUUGUUUGUCGUCUGAUCGGUUUUUAUUACGGGAAUAAUUCCGUGUUUGUGAUCUGACCUGUAAAUCACGACAGCAGCUACGUGUUUGUUUGUUUGUUUGUUUGUUUUCGUGCCGAGUUUCAUGUGGCAAAAUGUCGGACGUGCGUCUUUCUAAUGGAAGUCCGCCGCUGGAGCGCGUGGACGCGAGACCGGAGGGACACAGCAAGCCGUCGGUGUGCAGGAACCUGUUCGGAUCACCGGACCCGGGGGAAGUCAGGCGAGCGUAUCUGGACGAGCUGCGGGAGUCGGAAGUGGCGUACAGGGAGAAAUACAACUUCGACUUUGCGAAGGACACGCCGCUCGAGCCGGGCAGAUACGAGUGGGUGCCGGUGGACGCCAGAGACGCGCCCGAGGUUUACAGCAGGCCGCCGCGUGCAGCCAGACGGGUGGAUCUUAACGGGAGUCAGACGGACUGCCAAAAAGCGCACAGCGCGGCGAAGAAAAGACCUUCCCUGGAGGACGCGGAUUGUGCACGGCAGAGUAAAAGAGUGAACCAUGGCGAAGAAGCCAGCAGCAGUCAAGACAGAGCAGAGCAGACACCCAGAAAAUCAGAUCCCAGCACGUAAAACAACAGGACCUGCAGGCAAAGGGCUAAAUAGACUUUGUUAUUCUGUUUCCUGCAGAGAGAUGAAGAAUGUGCAUUUCUCCAUCAAAGAGCUUUAUGAAGUAAACAGGGACGACAGCAUACGAAAAAAAGAGCAUUUCCUUCUCUAAGGAUGUGCAAGGCAGUAGAAGCACUGAUUUUUUUUUUUUUUUUUUUUUACACUAAAGUUUUGGCACUCAAAGACAUUUGCCUCAAAAGCAGACGAUGUAGCAGUGUGCAAAUUAUGUUUCCUUUUUUUGCUUUUGUCUUUACUACCUAUGUAUAUAAUUAUAUGUAGCAUAUUAAAAUAUAACAUUAUGAUGAGAAAAAUCAUAUCGUGUGAAUGACUUGAAGAAUUGCUGUGCAGUUUUCAAAACAACCCCCAAUAAUCCUCCCAGAUUUAAAAAAAAAAAAAAAAAAAGUUUUAGUAACUUGUCAAUAUUGAUAUUGUCAGGGUUUAAAGCAUUACAAGUUGGAUCAAUUUAAAAAUAAUCACAAAGCACCGAGGUCUCCAUUAAAAGAACUCCCAUAGAAAAAAAAAGUCCCCAGUUGAAAGAGAGCUGGUGUCCAUCCAUCUGAGACACCAGGACAUUUUUUUUUUUUGGUAUUAUUGGUGAUACCGUAGAAGUGUGUAUGGUACUUAAUUAUGUGAAGUUUAUUUAAAAAUCUGCCAAAGUCGCAACACAUUCAGGCAGGGAUAUUCCUUUUUCUAGGGUGUGGUUUUAUGGUUUUGACAGUGUUUCACAGUAUUAUUAUAUCCCUGUGUUAUUCCACUAGUUUUUCCCCCCUAGAUUAUGUUCUGAAAUUUGCUAUGAAUGACAAAACCUACUGAGUAAAUAAUAUUUUUUUAAAAAAGGAAACUGAAAUUAACAGCAAAUUUUCUUCAGUCACAUUUUGUGUAUUAUUUUUCUUGCAUCGCUGUGUAGCAAAUUUUUUAGAUUAUAUUUUUUUAAAACACUGGUCCAUGUUUUUUUUUUUUUUUUUUUUUUUUUUUUUUUUAAAAGUAGUCCAUAAAUCCAGUCCUUUGCCAUCACACAUGGUAUUCAUGUUGAACAUGAUGUUCCACUGUCCCCCCCAAAAAACAUAAAACAUAAAAACUAGACGUUACACUGCAUGUGUACAAUUCUGAAGUGUACCUGUGUAUAUUGCUUUGUAAAAACACUGAGGAAAUUAUACUAACUUAUUUAUGUUAAGCUUUUUUGUUGUUGUUGUUGUUGUUUAUGACUAUCCAAAGUGGCAUUUGUGUGUGUGUGCGUGUGUGUAUGUGUGGUUUUUUUUUUUUUUUUUUUUUUUAAACUACCUUUUUUUUUCUUUUUUUUUUUUUUUUUUUACUGAAAAGUUUAUUUUCAAAUUUUGGAAAGAAUUUGUGCAAGGUUGCAAACUGAGCCUAUAUUAAAAUUUUGAUGUGGAUUUUGUAUUGCUUGUUUAAAGAGAUGAUUAAUAAAAAAAAAUGACAAACACUCUA